AUGGUGGCGCACAUGCACCUGGGGACUCUAAUUGGGUCUGGGGUCCCUGCAGGCUCCAGACAGGGAUGCGCGGCGCCUUCGGGAAGCCGCAGGGCACGGUGGCUGGGGCUGGGGUCUGUGUGUGUGUGUGUAACUGACCCUGUAAUUGGGUCUGUAAUUGGGUCUGGGGUCUGUAAUUGGGUCUGGGGUCUCCAAUCCCCCCCAGGCUCCAGACCGGCAUGCGCGGUGCCUUCGGGAAGCCGCAGGGCACGGUGGCGCGCGUGCAGCUGUGACUGGGGUCUGUGUGUGUGUGGGUCUCUAAUUGGGUCUGGGGUCUCUAAUUGGGUCUGGGGUCUCUCCAGGCUGCAGACCGGCAUGCGCGGCGCCUUCGGGAAGCCGCAGGGCACGGUGGCGCGCGUGCACAUCGGCCAGGUGAUCAUGUCCAUCCGCACCAAGGCGCAGAACAAGGAGCACGUGGUGGAGGCGCUGCGCAGGGCCAAGUUCAAGUUCCCCGGCAGGCAGAAGAUCCACAUCUCCAAGAAGUGGGGGUUCACCAAGUUCAACGCGGACGCCUUCGAGGAGAUGGUGGCGCAGAAGCGCCUGAUCCCCGACGGCUGCGGCGUCAAGUACGUGCCCUGCAGGGGCCCCCUGGACCGCUGGAGAGCGCUGCACGCCUGAACCCCAAAACAAACACCCGGGGAACCCCAAAAACAACCCCAAAACACCCGGGGGAGACCAAAACACCCAGAGCACCCCAACAACACCCGGGGGUGAGCCCCAAAACACCCCAAAAACACCUGGGGGAAGCCUAGAAACACCCGGGGAACCCCAGAAACACACGGGGAACCCCAAAAAAAACCCCAAAACAGCUGGGGGAGACCAAAACACCCCAAAAACACCUGGGGGAAGCCUAGAAACACCCUGGGAACCCCAGAAAUAACCAGGGGGAGCUCCAAAACACACGGGGAACCCCAAAAACACCUGGGGAACCCCAAAAAUACACCAGGAGGGAGCCCCAAAACCCAUGGGGACUCCAAAAUUCAUGGGGAACCCAGGCUGGGGAGGAGCCCGGGGGGUUUUGGGGCUCUGGGUGGAAUAAAAGCUUUUGAAAAGUUC